AUGAACAUCUCGCAACCAGUACCGUCUGCCAUUGGCAGCGUAGACUUUGGGUUUCUCAGUCCAGCAGAAAUCAAAAAGCUUUCAGUAAAGAGAAUAGAAAACCCUCAGACGUUUGAUACUCUACUUCAUCCCGUUCCAGGAGGACUUUAUGACCCAGCUCUGGGCGCAUGGGGCGAUCACUUCUGUACAACAUGCAAUCUCAACGGGAUAGGAUGUCCAGGUCAUGUCGGCCAUAUCGACCUUCCAGCUCCCGUUUACCACCCCACGUUUAUGGACCAGCUUCUGCGAUUAUUACGAUCAAAAUGCGCAUACUGUCACCACUUGAAGAUGUCGAGGAAAGAGGUCAAUCGAUACAUGUGCAAACUUAGAUUAGUACAGCAUGGUCUUCUUGGAGCAGCCGAAGAGAUUGACAACAUCGAGAUCAUUGAGAAGAAGGAAGACGCCGCAUCUGGUGAAGAUAGUGAUGACGGCGAAGAAUCUGCCAUGGAUGUUAUUAUAAGGCGGCGGAACGCUUUUGUAAAGAAGUCGAUCAAGGCGGCGAAAGCUACAGCAUGGGAAUGGAAACGAGAAAAGAAUGAAGGAGUCGCAGAAGCACGGCGGACAGUAGUCAAGGCUUUCUUAAAGGCUAUCACAGCUAGCAAAGCCUGUGGAAACUGCAAUGGGAUAUCGCCUACUUUUCGCAAAGAUCGCUACGUCAAAAUCUUCGAAAAGGCUCUCAGUGUCAAGGACAAGCAUAAGAUGGCUCAAGGAGAUUUCCGAGCAAUCAAUGCGGUCGAAAUCCUGAGCUCGGGAAAGAAGGGAAAUGGCUAUGCAGACUUCGACGAAGGAAUUGCGGACAUAGACCUGGAUUCAAACGAGGAGGACGACGAAGGAGAGGGGCAAACUCUGGAUGUGAACGGAGACGUUGUCAUGGGUGAAGCCUCUGCGACCACCACUUCAAAACCAAAAGUGGCACCUUUGGCACAGCGAUAUAUCAGUCCCAUGGAAGUUAAGGCCAGUCUGACGCUGCUUUUUGAGAAGGAGCAGGAAAUUCUUUCUCUGGUUUACAAUUCUCGUUCGACAACAAAGAAGGCGACAAAAGUGAGCCCCGACAUGUUCUUCUUACAGACUCUCCUGGUCCCCCCUAACAAGUACCGUCCUGAGGCCCGGACUGGAGAUGGUGAGAUAUCUGAAGCACAGCAGAACUCUCUGUACAAAGCGAUAUUGAAGGGCUGUGAAACUAUGGCACAUAUAUACAACGAUAUAUCGAAUCCAGACAGAGUUGUCGACAACCCUGGUAUGCGAAAGAGAGACAUUUACGAUCUUCACGAAUCAUGGUGCCAACUUCAGGAUUAUGUCAACUCGCUCAUCGAUCGUGACCGAAAUCCGAUCCAGGGAGCAGCAGGGAAGAAGAACGAGGAUGGUAUCAAGCAAAAACUUGAGAAAAAAGAGGGUCUGUUUCGAAAAAACAUGAUGGGAAAGCGAGUCAAUUUUGCUGCUCGUUCCGUCAUCUCUCCAGACCCGAAUAUCGAGACGAACGAAAUCGGCGUACCUCCUGUCUUUGCGAAAAAGUUGACAUUCCCAGAGCCAGUGACCAGCCAUAACUUCAAGGAUAUGCAACAAGCUGUGAUUAAUGGUCCAGACAAGUGGCCAGGUGCUGCAGCUAUCGAGAAUGAGAAUGGACAGGUUAUCAGUUUGAGGACAAAGACCCAGGAUGAACGCCUAGCAUUGGCAAACCAAUUGCUUGCCUCCUCUAAUAGCAGUGCCAGUGGUGCCAGAAACAAGAAGGUCCAUCGACAUUUGACAAAUGGAGAUGUGGUCCUAAUGAAUCGUCAACCAACAUUGCACAAGCCUUCCAUUAUGGGUCACCGAGCAAGAGUUCUACCAGGAGAGAAGACAAUUCGCAUGCACUACGCAAAUUGUAAUACCUAUAACGCUGAUUUCGACGGAGACGAAAUGAACAUGCAUUUCCCUCAAACUGAACCGGCCAGAGCAGAAGCUCUUCAGAUUGCAGACACCGACCACCAAUAUCUCAGCGCUACAGCCGGAAAGCCUUUGCGUGGUCUAAUUCAAGAUCAUAUCUCUGUGUCCGUCUGGAUGUGUAAUCGAGAUACCUUUUUCGAUCGCGCGGCCUACCAGCAACUCAUCUACAAUUGUCUGCGUCCUGAGAAUGGUCACAUUGUUGGAGAGCGAAUAGAAACCGUCCCACCAGCUAUCCUGAAGCCUGUUGCAAGGUGGACCGGAAAACAGGUCAUUACAACAAUUCUCAAGAAUAUCACUCCAGUCGAUUGUGCGCCUCUUACACUCACCAGCAAGUCACAAACCCCAUCCAAUAGAUGGGGAGACAAGUCAGAGGAAGGCAUAGUUCAUUUCAAGGGCGGAGAGUUCGUCACUGGCAUCCUCGACAAGUCGCAGAUUGGGCCGUCAGGAGGUGGUUUCGUUCACUCCAUACACGAAGUUUAUGGCCCCACAGCUGCAGGAAAAGUUCUAAGUAUACUGGGCCGUCUUCUGACAAAGUUCUUACAUAUGAGAGCAUUCACUUGCGGGAUGGACGAUCUGCGUCUGACACCGGAAGGAGAAGAGAUGCGCCGAGAGAAACUUGCACGCGCAGAGAAACUUGGUCUUGAAGUCGCAUCUAAAUACGUUACUUUGAGCGAUCAAAACCCUAGUGACACGGACCCCGAGCUUUUAAGCAGAUUGGAAGAUGUCCUGAGAGACGAUACCAAGCAAGCUGGACUAGACACUAUGAUGAACAAACAAUCAGGUUACUUGUCGUCAGAUAUUACCAUGGCGUGUCUUCCUGGUGGCCUAGUAAAGCAGUUUCCGAAGAACCAGAUGCAGAACAUGACUGUAUCUGGAGCCAAAGGUAGCGCUGUCAACGCCAAUCUUAUCUCUUGUAACCUAGGUCAACAAGUUCUGGAAGGUCGCCGGGUGCCAGUCAUGGUUAGCGGCAAGUCCCUUCCAUGCUUCAGGCCAUUCGAGACACAUAUCCGUGCUGGAGGGUAUGUUGUCAAUCGUUUCUUGACAGGUAUCAGACCUCAAGAGUACUACUUCCACGCAAUGGCCGGUAGAGAAGGUCUAAUCGAUACCGCUGUCAAAACCUCUCGUUCUGGAUAUCUUCAACGAUGUCUUAUUAAAGGAAUGGAGGGUCUCAAAGUUGAAUACGAUACAUCUGUCCGGGAUUCUGACGGAUCUAUGGUACAAUUUCUCUACGGUGAGGAUGGCCUAGACUCGACGAAACAGAAGCAUUUACAGGACUUUAAGUUCUUAUUGGAGAACAUCACAUCAGAGCUGGCCCAGUUGAACUAUGGCGAUCCGAGAUAUGCCACCAUCUUCGAUGAGAAAGACGUUAUUGUCAAACGAAUGAAGAAAGCAGUGAAGCAUGCCAAGGCCAAUGACAACAAUGGCCCUGACCCUGUUCUUGCAGACUUCAACCCUGGCAAAUAUGGAUAUGCGACCUCAGAGAAGUUUUUCGAGGCUUUGACGGACUACUUGAAAAGUAAUCCUGAUGGUCUUGUCAAGGACAAGGAGCAUCCCAGGGGCGUGGGUGUUCGCAAGGCUCUUGAACCUGUUUUGAUGGCAAAGUAUCUGAAGUCUGUCGUCGAGCCCGGUGAGGCUGUGGGUAUCGUUGCGGGUCAAUCAGUUGGCGAACCAUCGACACAGAUGACGCUGAACACUUUCCAUUUGGCAGGACAUUCUGCGAAGAACGUCACUCUUGGUAUUCCUCGCCUUAGAGAAAUUGUCAUGACGGCAAGUAAUCAUAUUUCCACACCAACCAUGACGUUACGACUCAACCCAGAGCUCACCGAAGAGGAUGGGAAACGUUUUGCUAAGGGCAUCAGUAUUCUCUCCCUGGCUGAAGUCCUGGACGAAGCGACGGUACAAGAACGCAUUGGCAAAGGCACAGCCUAUUCUCAAGCUAAGAUUUACGAGAUCCAUGUCAAGCUCUUUCCUUCAAAGGAAUACACCGAGACCUAUGCGAUCAGCAUUUCAGAUGUGCUCACAACAUUGGAGAAGAAGUUCGCUCCGAAGCUCCAACAAUUCACACGCAAAGCACUCGGAAAGAAGAAGACUGAGAAAGGCUUGAAGUCCGCUGCGAAUACUGCUGCUGUGCCUGAGAUUGGUAAGUCUGUUGGCACUAUUGAAGAGGCCGGAGCUUCAGUAGAACGAGAAGUCAAUGAGGAUGACGACGAUGAUGAUGGAGAUGAUGAUGCGACGAACGACAAGCAGAGGGCAAACCGUGCCGAAGCUGUCAGCUAUGCCGCAAACGACGAGGACGAUGAUAGAGUUCAGGCUCAGAUGCAAAAGGAGGCAGAGCCUGAAGAGGACGAUGAGGAUAUGGAAGAUGAAGGCAUCGGUGGUUCGCCUCGAGAACCAACCAGUGAUGACGAAGAAGACCAAGUCCGCAAGAGCCACGCGCACAGCCAAGUCGUUUCCGCUGCUGUAGAAGAACGAGAAACUCGGGUCAUGAAGUCGUGCAAUGACAUUGUUCGCUUCCGUUUCGAUGAAGAAAAUGGGGAGUGGUGCGACAUCACAGUGGAGUACGAUGCCGAAGUACCCAAGGUCCUCAUGCUCACCAUUGUCGAGGACGCUUUACGACAGAGUUUGAUCCAGCAAAUCCCAAAUAUUGGAGGCUGCAUCUUCGUACCUGACGCAGAGGUUAAAGAUUCGAAUGGAAAGACGAUUAACGCUCCUGUCGUCCACACAGAAGGAGUGAAUCUCACAGCAAUGCAGGCUUAUGCUUCGUUCAUCAACCCGAACACCAUCUAUACGAACGACAUUGCAGCCAUGCUCACCAAUUACGGCGUUGAAGCAUGUCGCGGUGCCAUCGUACAAGAGUUGUCAGGUGUCUUCGGUGGUCACGGUAUCAGUGUCGAUAAUCGACAUUUGAACCUGAUCGCAGACCACAUGACUAGAGGUGGAGGCUUCAGCCCAUUCAACAGAAAUGGAAUGAGGGGAAGUGUGAGUCCGUUCAUGAAGAUGAGUUUCGAGACAACGGUGGGCUUCUUGGCGGAUGCUGUCACCGAUGGCGAUUGGGACGAUUUGUCUAAUCCGAGUUCGAGAAUCGUCAUUGGCAGGAUGAGCAAGGUUGGGACGGGCGCUUUCGAUGUGCUGACGCAAGUUCCUACCAGGAAGGGUGAUGAAGAGGUGUAA